AUGCAUACAGCAGGAGGUGGCGGUCCAGGACAAAAGAGGGAGCUGCCUCAGACUGGUGGUCAGUUGGAUGAGGAGCGCUGUAAAGAGAUCAUAUCCUUGAUGAGCCACAUCACUGACAGAGAAAUAAUCCUGCAGAAGAUGAAGGAGACCUUUGAGUAUAGACAGCACCUCAUCCACAAUCCUGAUGAGUCGGAUAACAUACUCUCAGUGUUUCCAAGGCUGCUGGACACUAAAGGGCUGAUAAAUCAAGAUUUCGGCCUCAUUUUUGGACCAGAAACAGCCGACAAACUGAUCAAAGAAGCUGAGAGCCUUACAACCACCCCAGUCAUCCAGAGUUUGCUGAGGUCUGCCAGGAAUCAGAACAAUGAUGAAGCCUCUGACUGCCCAGAGUGGGACAGUGACAUGGCAUCUCUCUUGUUACUCCUGCAUAUCCUGCCACCUCAGUCCUCUAAAAAGAGAAGACAAAAGAUCAGUGCAGCUCAGGCCAUGGACCAUCUAGUUGUGUUUCACAAGUCCAGCCUUGAACAACACUUGGAGAACCAGGAGUCAACUUGCCAGCCAUACCUUCUUGCCGCUGGAACCAGCAAGCAGUCCAUCAACACUUACUACAUUGUGAUCGACAAGAAGCUCAUCCCCUGCCAGGGAACCACGUCAUUGGCAGCGUUUGAUGAACUCUUCAAAGUGCACUUCGUUUUCAGUGUAAGUUACGAUGAUGCUCUCAGCAACAUGUACAGUUUUCUCCAAACAACUGUCUACAAUAUUGAUGUUGACACCACUAAAGAGAGUCCAAAGGUGAAGGAGCUAAGAGCCAAAUUUAUGAACAGGAGCUAA